AUGGCACUCGAUCAACGUGACUAUGCCAGCCAGGGCGGAGGAGGUCGAGAAGGCGGCUAUGAAGGCAUUUUUAUACGAGGAAGAGGGAAGCGGCCGGUCACUGAUUAUGCAUCUACUUUAAUCCAUUGGAUGAGAAACCGACAACCCAGGUAUAAAGGCGGUUACUCAGGUGAGGUUGAGAGGCCUAGCCCGAGCUACAUUAUUGAUAUGCUGCCACCUUUGUCACGAACUGGUAGUCCGGCUGAUACCCUCCCAUCUCGGCAUCUUCAUACAUCCCUUAACAAAAACAAGCAUCCAGUGAAUGUGGUCGCAUGGACACCGGAGGGUAGAAGAUUACUUACAGGAUCAAGCAGCGGAGAAUUCACGCUAUGGAAUGGAACGGGUUUCAAUUUUGAAACUAUUAUGCAGGCACAUGAUGUUGCAAUCAGAGCACUCUCUUAUUCUCACAGUGACGACUGGUUACUAUCAGCGGAUCACGACGGUCUCAUCAAAUACUGGCAGCCUAAUUUUAAUAAUGUAAAGGUUAUACAGGGACACAGCGAUGCAAUUCGAGAUCUUGCGUUCAGUCCCAGUGAUGCCAAAUUUGUGACGGCUUCAGAUGAUUCUACCUUAAAAAUAUUCGACUUCGCAGGUGGUGCGGAGGAAUCGAUCUUAAAUGGUCAUGGAUGGGACGCAAAAAGUGUUGAUUGGCACCCUACCAAAGGACUUCUUGUUUCAGGGUCUAAGGAUCAUUUGGUGAAGCUAUGGGACCCUAGAACUGGCCGAUGUCUAACAACCCUACAUGGACACAAAAACACUAUCACGAAGACCAUCUUUGAGCCAAUUAAAGGUAAUUGCCUCGCAACUUCAGCUCGCGACCAGACUGCACGCAUUUUUGACCUUCGAAUGAUGCGUGAUAUCCUUCUGCUUAAGGGCCACGAGAAGGAAAUAUCCACUUUAACCUGGCAUCCUAUGCAUUCUUCUUUGCUUUCUACUGGCGGUGGUGAUGGAUCGAUUUUUCAUUAUCUACUUGAUGAGUCUAAUAACGCUCCUGGCACAAUAUCUACCCUUGCGCCCCAUGAUACACCAGAUCCAACCACCGCGCCAGCUCAAGCAAUUUAUCCUGCCCACAAAAUAAAUCAUGCACAUGAGUUUCCUGUUUGGUCUCUCGACUGGCAUCCUCUAGGCCAUAUCUUAGCUUCCGGCUCCAAUGAUCGUUCCACAAAAUUCUGGACUCGAGCUCGACCCGGAGAGACCGACAUUGCGAAUGAUCGAUAUCAUAUUGGUGAGGCAGCAGCCGAAGCACAGGGUACGUAUGAUCGUCGAGGGGGUCGCCGUCAACGUCAGGAAGAAGAAGAACAGGAACUGCAAGAUGAAAUCGAUGGUCUAGUUGAUCAAAAAAUGCCACCAAAAGUACCUGGAUUUCCUGGGAUUCCAGGAUUACCACUACCACAAAGUAGCCCGCUUCAGAUCCCGGGCAUGCAGAGUAAAGUAUCUGCUCCUCCUAUAGUGCCGCCGCCUCUGGUUACUUCUCAUACUCCAAGCAUAAUACCAGCGAUAAAUCCAAAUAACGCACCAGAUUUCGUGAAGUUAGCGGAAAUGAUGCAAAAAGCCGGACUACCACCUCCGCCCCCAAUCGGAGUUGAUGGUCAAUUACCUCCGCCACCAGGCAUUCUUCCGCCUGGAGUAAUUCCACCGCCCCCCCCUGGGUUUGGCAUGGCAUUUACUCCCCUUCCAGGACUUAGCGUGCCCCCGUUUAACAUUCCUGGAAUGGGUAUAGACAACAUAUUACCUGAAAUGCAACCGACAGAGAAUACUGGAGGGGGUAUAAGGAGAAAGGGACCACUGCCGAGUCAGGAGGAAAGUUUGCAGAUGGAACAAAGAAAGGGUAAAUAUACUCGAGCCAGGUAG